AUGCCGUUCACUCUUUCUGUCUCAGCAGGGACGAAGCCCGUUGUGUCACCCCCGUAUCGUGUCAACCCGUUAAUGCAAGAGAAAGUGGAUGCCGUUUUGGACCAAUACUUGGCGGCAGGGCUCAUUCAGCAUUCCACGUCUCCGUGGGCUUCUCCUUUAGUUGUCAUCCCCAAGAAGGACGGAUCGGUUCGCAUCACCGUCAACUACAAGCGUCUCAACGCCCUGGUGGAUUUGGAUAGACAACUUCUUACUCGGGCAGACGGUAUCUUGGAUUCUCUGGACACCGGGAAAGUGUUCUCCAUCUUCGGCCUCAACUCGGCUUUCCACUCAAUCGUUUGCGAUGAAGACACUGUCCUGCUCAUCGCCUUUUGCACUCCCACGCAGUUGUUCGAAUGGCUUCGAAUGCUGCAGGGAGCCAACGCAAGUCCGUCUUGGUUCGUCAAGGUCAUCAACAGAGUGGUGCACGGUCUGGAGCGUGUGCUUGCGUAUCUGGACGAUGUCAUCUGUUUCGAUGAGGAACCAUCUCUGGGACACGUGCUCAACAUGAUCGAGUUCUUCAGACGGCUGCGACAGCACCUCAAACUGUCUCCGGGGAAGACUCGCGUCGGCGCCACACACGCCAACUUCCUUGGUCACACUAUCUCUCCGGCCGGUGUUAGCCCUGAUGGCGUCAAGGUUAGGGCGCUCACGCACUUGCCGCCGCCGACGAAUGCUAAGCAGCUUCGGAGCCUUCUUGGUGGACUCAGUUACUACCGGAAAUUCCUCAAGAAUCUCGCCACCAAGGUGCGGCCUCUCAACUCUUUUCUCAAACAAGGCGUUCCCUUCAAGUACACGCCGGGCAUGGUCAAGUGGUCGAGGACAACAACCGUCUUCUCCGUUNUUCUCAAACAAGGCGUCCCCUUCAAGUACACCCCGGGCAUGGUCAAGGUUGUCAACACGUUGUUAAGCGAACUCGCUCGCCCCCCGAUUUUGGUCUUCCCGGAUUGGGCAGUGGUCGAGGACAACAACCGUCUUCUCCGUUUGUGUUUCGACGCGUGUAUCGACGGCUUUCGCGCCUCCUUGGAACAAGAACAACUCGAUGGCUCUGUGAGACCCGUUGUGUACAUCAGCCGCGCUACUCUUCCUGCGAGGCGUAACUGGACCGUUCUGGAUCUGGAGGCUGGUGGCAUUGUUUGGGCCAUCAAACGCCUUCGCAGUUAUCUGUGGUCGACCAAGUUCACCAUCUAUUCGGACCACAAAGCCUUGGAGAGCAUUGGCAAGGUCGGGGAACACAACGCUAGGGAGCAACGAUGGCUCGAAUUCCUGCCCAACUUCACCUACACCCUGAAAUAUCGGAAAGCGUCUGCUGGAACGUUUCUACUGGUGGAUUGGUUUGGAUCGUUCCGUGCGCUGUGGCUUCGGGCGUGUUUGGUGUGUCAAGCUCGCAAGACUUCACGUCAGACUGCUCGGUGGCCCGUCAUCGCUAUGCCAUUGCCGCAGGGACCUGGUACGGUCGUCGGCGUCGACUUCUUCGGACCUCUGCCCGUGACUGCUAAGGGCAACUCCUACAUUUUGUUGUUCACAGACCGUUUCAGUCGGAGAGCCGACAUGUUCGCGGAUACAGCAGCGGAAUUUACGGCGAAAGGGACGGCUCACAUCGUCGUCAACGAGUACAUGACCAAGUGGGGAUGUCCGACUACGUUAUUGUCGGACAACGGACUGCAUUUCUGCUCGAAGCUCUCCAUGGCGAUCUACGAGGUGAUGAAAAUCAAGAAGGUCACCACCAGCUCCUACCACCCGCAGACCAACGGCGGCACGGAACGCGUCAAUCACAUGAUGGCCCAGAUGCUUGCGACCAACGGCGGCACGGAACGCGUCAAUCACAUGAUGGCCCAGAUGCUUGCGGUGGUCGUCAAAGAACAGCAAAACGGUUGGGACGUACAUGUCCCGCACGUUGAGUUUGCCUACAACAAUUCCGUGAACCAGUCUACCGGAUCGGCGCCAAACGAGAUCCACAUCGGACGCAUCCCUCGACUCCCGCUUUCGGUCUUCGAUCAUCCCACGGUAGGUGGUCAUCAAAGCUUGGCCCGCGAUCAACUCGAGUAUUGCAACCUGGCUGUCGAUCGCCAGCGCCGGGCCUACGAACGUGUCCGUGAGUAUAACGCCCUGAAGACUUCGCGAGUCGAACGCCGCAAUUCAUCCCUGCUGAACGCCAUUCACAAGCUCCCUCAGUUCACCGUUGGCGGGUGGGCUUGGGUGUACGAGACGGCUGCUACGAUUCGACAGGGUGUGCAGAAGGACACGGACCAACAGGUGCUCAAGGCCAAAUUCCUACUUUCCUGGACGGGGCCCUACAAAGCUCUUGCGGUGGGUCCCGCUUCUGCCGACGCCACCCCGGACGGCAGCCCGUUGGGGCGUAAACACCUCCACCUGGACCUGCCUUCCGAUCUUUCCGGCCCAGCAGCUCGUUGUCGCGUGUCUGUCCUUCGUUGCAAGUCUUGUCGCAAUUCGUACGAGACGGACGACUUGCCGCAAUAUCUACCCGCCGAGAUUUCGCGUUAUGUUCUGCACUCUUUCGGAGACAAUUGUCCACCAUUCCACGUCACCGCGGAUGAUGUGUCGGUGCCUGUCGGGCGCCUCGAGGUCAACACACAUCUCGGGAUAUCAACUGGUGCGGGGCCGUAG